CACCAGUAUUUGCUAACCAUUCAGAAACGGUCACACUGAUUACAUUAUUUUAAAAGAUAAACGACGCCGUCAAAUUACAGUGAAAUAACGUGAAAAAUCAAGUUAAAACUAAUAAAUAUUAGCACUUAUAUUAACCUCGAAAGUUAAUGCAUCCGCAUAUACAUAUCUAAUGAACGCUCGCCAACAAACUUAAAGUGUGUUCUCAGCAAACCAGAUGGUUGGAUGGCCUACAACAAAUUAUAUUGACAAAAUGUUUGGCGUGUCGACAGCCAUCGGGUGUAUAGUUUUGUCAGCUGCCUGCACGUUACGAAUUUGAAUGAAUGAGCAUGUCUAUUAACAGACAGCCGCAGACGCAGCAAACCCCAAACAAGGUGAACGGCAGCAAUAGCAUAACUGACCUAUUGGAUCGUACGGAAAAUGAUGCGACGCACCCAAUACUGCGCAGUGAUCAUCGUCAUCAGGGUGAACUGGUCCAAUGCCUGACGUGUCAUAUGCAAUUUGAAAGCUGCUCCUUUAGCGACAUUUGUGCUCAUUAUACAUUUUACCACAAUAACAAUUACAAUCAGAACAAUACCAACAAGUGCUUGUACUGCGACCGCGACGUCCAUUAUUAUCAACGUGCGGAGAAGACAAGUCCGGCAAUUUAUCACUUUUGUUCGCCGCGCAAACAGAACUAA